CCCCUCCUUCCUUUGAUGUGUGGGCAUGGAUCCAAAACCUCCCACCAAUCACACAAUGGAGAAGUGACUCAUUUUCCAUGCCAAUUUGUUGUUCUUCUUCAUGCCAACCUUCCCUCAAACUCUCCAUCACCAAAUCCCAUGACUACAAAAUCCACUUGACCAUUUUUGUAGACUACAAUCUCCCCAUUGUUCUAUGGGCAUCAAAGCCAACACCAAUCGCCUCAAAACCCACAAUGAAAGGAUUAUUGGACCGCGACUUCGUCUUCCGUCUACUACACAACAUCGUCCAAGUCGUCUUGAGCUACGGCCCAACCAGGCGUGCUUGGGCCACGCUCAGGUUGCCGACCCUACACUUUGAUGAUGCCAAUGCCAGAGACGUCUUCAACAUCUCGUUCCUCACCCUGGCCUUCAUCAUAUGCAUCUACGAGUGCCCUCAAGACCUCAGGGCCACAUGCAUUCGCGCCCUGAAAGACCAGUUCGCGAGCUCACGAUCCAGGACUUCGUCCGUGCUCCUCAUGCGUCUCCUAGGGUCAGACACAGAGGAGCAGUGGAUGCGGUCCGUGAACCUCGCGAUCACGAACUGGAUCGUGGAGCUACAGUCCAGGAAUAACCAAACGGUUAUAAGGACUCCUUCGACGCUGUUUUCCUACGCGUGCUCAUCUUUCGGGCUUUGGAAAGUACAAUUGUAUUGUCCUAUCAUAGCCAUGGACAUUGAGAAAUGUAGUCACCCUUCCCCUGAUGAGCCCUUGCGCUUUUCCCUCAACUAUCAUCAAUUAGAAGGUGUUAUUCAACUGAACUACAAGGUUUUAAUCCGAGAGAACUGGAUUGACGUCAUGGUCAACACAGAUAACAUAAGGUGUGAUGUUAUUAGGUUGGUAGAUGAAGCUCUAAUGAAUGGGAGAGGAGCAGGGGUAUCUGAAAAGCAUUUCCCUUCAAGAAUAUCCCUUAAACUCACCCCAACCCUACAAACUAACAUCAUAAGUGUGUCCCUAAAUAGGUCCUCUGAAAACCCCAUAACAGAAAUAGAGAUAGAGAGGACUGUGGAAGCAUCAUUUGAACCUCCCAACCUUGGGCUUGGACUCAAGGUUGGGGGAGGUGAAACCGUGGUGACAAGCCUCAAACCAUGGAAGUUCGAACAGUCCGUGAAGGGAGACAGCUCAUGCUUCAACUGGUUUUUGCACGAUAACGUAGACGGGAGGGAAGUCUUCUCGUCGAAGCCCUCGAAGCUCGCGAUGAUGAACCCGAGGGCUUGGUUCAAAAACCGCUACUCGAACGCUCACCGGCCCUUCACGAAGCAGGGAGGGGUGGUGUUUGCGGGCGACGAGUACGGGGAGAAGGUGGUGUGGAAGGUGGAGAAGAGUGCCAUGGGGAAGACUAUGGAGUGGGAGCUGAGGGGAUGGAUUUGGCUAACUUAUUGGCCUAAUAAACAAAUGACAUUUUACAGUGAGAGCAGGAUGUGUGAAUUCAGAGAAGUUCUUCAUCUUUCCCUUGUCUAGACAACCAAAGCUAAUGAAGAUGUGUGUAUGUAUGUAUAUAUAUCCCGAUUAUAUUAUUUCACUAAAUAACACUCAUUGACUAUCAUGUACAGAUGAAAUUCACAUAUAUGUGUAUAUGUAUCAAAAUUGCUAGCUAGUGAUUACUACGAUGAAUGAACUUUUAGGCGUAUU